AGGGUGCCCUGUGUGGCUUGGUUGCUAGGCGGAAGUAGAGUGGCGGAGGCAGCGGUUUGGUUUAAAGCGCGUCCGAGGCGGCAAAGGGCUGUGGGUGGCGGCACCGCGAGCGGAGCUGGGCGCGGCGGAUCUCGCUCUCCGGUGGCAGCAGCUUUCUGCUCUGUCCCCACAGAGGUUGGAAACGCUGCAUGUGGGGACCCCCCGCCAGGGCCCGAGACUCCCUUCUCCGUAACCGGACUCAGCUCAGACCGGAACAUCGCUCGCCCCGGCCUCAGAUCCCGACCCCCACUCACCCCGCAGGCUGCCAGCCUUAGCCCGGAUCCCCGAUUUCACAUACAGCCCCAAAGCAGAAAUGGUCUCCAGAUCCGACCAACUGCUCAUCGUUGUCUCCAUCCUGGAAGGACGCCAUUUCCCCAGACGUGCAAAGCAUAUGCUUGUGGUAGAAGCAAAGUUUGAUGGUGAACAGCUAGCUACGGAUCCCGUGGAUCAUGCAGACCAGCCAGAGUUUGCCACUGAAUUGGCUUGGGAACUUGAUAGGAAAGCACUUCACCAGCACAGGCUACAGCGUACGCCUAUCAAACUCCAGUGUUUUGCUUUGGAUCCUAGAUCUUCAACUAAGGAGAAUAUAGGCUAUAUUGUACUCGAUUUAAGAGCUGCUCAAGAAAAGAAACAAGCACCAAAAUGGUAUCCUUUGCUCAGCAACAAAUAUAUUAAAUUUAAAUCUGAGAUACAGAUAAGUAUAGUGCUGGAAACUGAUACAAAAACACCAGUGGAUGGCUUUAAAGCAAAAGAAGCGCCUCCAAGAGAAGGGAAAGUGCCUGCUCUGCUUUCUGGGCUAGAUCCUAAAAACAUUGUAGCAGUCCUGAAUGAGGAAGAAGGCUAUCAUCAAAUUGGACCAGCAGAAUAUUGCAGAGAAUACUUUGUUUUGUCUGUGACUAUAGCAUUUGCCACACAAUUGGAACAGUUAAUUCCUAGUACAAUGAAACUUCCAGAACGACAGCCUGAGUUUUUCUUUUACUAUUCGUUACUGGGAAAUGAUGUAACAAAUGAACCCUUCACUGAUUUAAUCAAUCCAAACUUUGAGCCAGAGAGAGCAUCAGUUCGAAUACGCAGUACUGUUGAAGUCCUUCAAGUUUAUUUUUCUGCACAGCCAAAAAUACAGAUCCAUCUUUGCUGUGGGGACCAGUCUCUUGGAAGCACUGAAAUACCACUAACUGGCUUGCUGAAGAAAGGAAAUGUGGAGAUUGAUCAGCAACCUGUGGCAGUUGAAGGGGCAUUCAACCUUGUUCCACCAAAUAGAGCCAAGCAAAAGUUGCCACCAUUGGCCUUAGAUAUGGCUCCUACUGUUGGGGUAUCAGUAACCCUACAAAAGGAAGGCAUAAAUACCCAGUCUUUGCUCCACUUAGACCUUCAAACUGAGCCAGAACACUCGCAGAAAAGAGUUUUGUCUCCCACAUGGGAUAAAACAAAGAGCCCAGAGCAAAGAUCUCACAGUGCUCCUUCUGCCCCACUUCAGAAUGGCCAUUCUCCUCCCACAAAAGAUGAAGCAACAGAGAGCGAAGUAGAAAGUCUUCAAUAUGACAGGGGCACAAAACUAAACAAAAAAGAGCUGGUGGUUGAAUCUUGCAAAGAAGUUAACAACCAAGAGUCUGAAGAGCUAGCAGUUUUCAAAUCUCAGAGCAGAGCAAAGUCGCCUUUACAGUCAGAGCUGCAAAAUUCAUCCUUGAAUGCUCUGGCACCUGUUUCCCAGUCCCACCCUGGUGCUGCGUCCGGUGCUGAGUCUACUUCGGGGCAAAAAAUUGCAGUUCCAGCAGCAUCGCAUCAUUUUUGCUUUUCAAUAGAUUUACGGAGUAUUCACAAUCUUGAGGUUGGGUUUCCAGUCAAUUGCAUUUUAAGGUACUCAUAUCCAUUUUUUGGUAGUGCGGCACCUAUUAUGACAAACCCUCCUAUAGAAGUGAGAAAAAACAUGGAAGUUUUUCUACCUCAGUCCUAUUGUGCAUUUGAUUUUGCAACUAUGUCUCAUCAGCUACAAGACACCUUCUUCAGGUUACCACUGCUGGUUGAAUUGUGGCACAAAGAUAAAAUGACUAAAGACAUACUUCUGGGAGUUGCCAGGCUGCAGCUUUCAAAUGUUUUGGGCUUGGAAAAAACCCGAUUCUUGGGUACUAAUGGUGAACAGUGUUGGCGUCAGACCUGUAGUGAAACAGUUGGUGUUAUGGCAGCACAAGGGGCAAACAAUAGGAUAGCAGAACUUUCUUACACUGUGACUCUGGAAGAUUAUGGGCUUGUGAAAAUGCAUGAAGUUCUGGUAUCAGAUUCUUCUCAGUGUUCAGGUGCUGGGCAGCAGCAGGUCCCUCCACCUCAGCCUCAUCAUGUCCCAGAAACUGAGCCAGAGCCACGAGAAACUCUUGAAUACAAAGCAGCUCUUGAGUUAGAAAUGUGGAAGGAAAUGCAAGAGGACAUCUUUGAGAACCAGCUAAAAAAGAAGGAGUUGGCUCACAUGCAGGCACUUGCAGAGGAGUGGAAAAAAAGGGAUAAAGAAAGAGAAGCAUUAGUAAAGAAAAAGGUAGCGGAAUAUACAAAUUUGGAAGAGCAACUUCAGAAAACCUUGACAGAUUUAGAGAAGCGUGAACGACAGCUUGUCAGUGCAGAAUCAGAGCUCCAAAGAGUAAAGAGAGAGUUACAAGCACAGCAUGAGCGGAACUUUCAAGAACUGCAGGAUUCUGUGCGGCGAGUCAAAGAAGAAUGUGCACAUCAAGUUGAACUGGAGAGGUCAAAGAUCAAACAGCUGGAAGAGGACAAGGUCCGCCUGCAACAGCAUUUUUAUGAAGCAGAAAACAAGUAUAAGAUUUUGGAAAAGGAGUUCCAGCAGUACAAGGAACAGCAAUGCAGCAAACCAGAAAUCCGGUUACAAUCAGAAAUUAAUCUUCUCACUUUAGAAAAGGUUGAACUUGAAAGAAAGUUGGAAUCAGCUACCAAAUCAAAGCUGCACUACAAGCAACAGUGGGCAAGGGCUCUGAAAGAACUUGCAAGACUAAAACAGCGUGAGCAAGAGAAUGCUAUGGCUCGCCUUAAAAAGCAGCAACAAGAGCUGGAACACAUGAGACUGCGCUAUUUGGCAGCAGAGGAGAAGGAAAUGGGGAAAACAGAGCGAAAAGAGCUGGAGGAUAUUAGAAAUGAACUGAACAGGCUAAAGCAACAAGAAGACAAAAAGCAAUCACAAGAUUCCAGAGAUAUUUCAGUUGAGCAAGUGGGUAGUCUUCAUACUAGACAAUUAAAUGAAAGCUUGGAUGAUUAUCUCACUCGCCUGAUAGAAGAGAGAGAUACGUUGUUGAGAACAGGUGUGUAUAACCAUGAAGACCAUAUAGUAAGUGAACUGGAUCGCCAAAUCAGAGAGGCUCUUGCAAAAAGAAGCAGCAGCAAAUAAUAUAUUUGGAAAAUAUUUUUGUAAGUUAAGUCAGAUACCUUAUGUUUUAGCAUACUAGGAUGAUUAAUUUUACAAACUAAGGCCCUGAUCCUGAAGAGGCUUAGGCACAUGAUAUAUUUUACGCACUUAGGAGACCUUUUGAAGUCCAAUGUAAAUGUUCACGGGAUGUGAAGUUAAGCAGAUGUGUAAGUUUAUGCAGGAUCAGAGCAUAAGGUGUUUUUUGUUUUUGUGUUUUUAACACAUUUUUAUGUUAAAAUAUAUUUAUAUGUAAAUAUACUUACAUAUAUUUUGGAUUUUCUGUUUAAAUAUUUUCUACCUUUCCCCAUCCCCUGGCUGGAUUUAUUUAUAAUAACACUUUUAAAAAUAUCUAUUCUACGCUCCUCUUCAGUAUUUAUCAUAACUUGUUUUAUAGAUUUCUUUCAAAAUAGGUUUUUCAAUAAAAUUGUAUUAGUAAAAAGUGACUGCAGUAAUUCCCAGUGAUAUGAGUUUUGUUAAUUCUUAGCCAAAACAAGUGCUGCACUUCUACAAAUGUCAUAUCCUGUUACAUUUGCAAAUAUGUUUAGUGUAUUUUAAUUUGUAAACUAUUUCUGUGACCACAGUUAAAAUUAUUUUACCAUAAAUUCUGUAGCUCACCAUUCUUUUAGCAGAACACCUUUUUUAAACUUGUACUCAUUGUAGAUGACAUAGUUUUGAAGAUAAAACCAGAGGUAUAAUUUACCAAACUGAAACUGCACAAAUUAUUAGGUAACUCCAAGUCUGAUCUUGUAACCAUUCUUAGCAUGGAAAUCUCUUUGCUAUUGAUGAGAGUUUUGCAUACAAAGGUAAAACAGUUAUUAGUUGCUUAUGAGGCAGUUAAGGUCCUAAUUCAGAAAAACACUUGGGCAUGUGCUUUAAGUCCAUCCUUAUUCAGGAAAACACUAGUUCUUUGUAAGCACACGUUUAAAUGUAAAUACGUGCUUAAUGCCAAUACAAUUAUAAUUAGUGCUUUUGUAAACAAAGAUGCUUUCCUGAAUGAAAGUCUAAAUGGCAGUGGCUACAGAGUUUUUUUUCAAUCAUCUAUGGUUUUCAGUUUUAAAUUUUUAUGUGAAAUUGAGAUAUAAAGAAGCUUAAAAAAAUGAAACGUUAUACAGUAUUUGUUAAUUGCCAUAAGAGAAGAGCACAAAGAAUAGGGUGUUUUUAUUUUUUUCUGACUGCCAAAGUUGAAUAAGGAUCAUUCUGCAUUAUAAACCCUUUACUCUGUUUUGGCACAAUUAAAAUUCGUAGUGUGGGCAGGGUUGAAAGCUUAGACUUAAUCUCUUCUCCCAUCAACGAAUGCUGGGGUUUUGAUAUAUCACCUACUAGCACAAAUGUUAGUGACUGGUGCAAAUCUCAUAGUACUGAAAACAAACCCUAACAAUUCAGUUUCACUUCAAACAUGAAUGAAGACAAUUAAUACAGAGAACUUAAUUUUUUUAUUUAAAAUAAUCACUGGACUUUUUUAUGGUGUCCCAGUCAUGUAAGUGCCAUACUCUUCUUUUGGAGCUUUGCAUUCAUGUAAUACAAAUUUUUGUAUUGGUUCUGGGUUUACUUCUGACAUGUUGUUGAUAAAGUGGAUAGUAUUUCUUUAUUCUGUCACAGGUCAGCAAUUUAUUUAAUGGAGGGUUUGUUUAGGUCACUUUUUUGGAAGAAAACAAACUUUUUAAAACACUUAUUUUGUGGGGGGAAAAGUGAACAUGAAACUUUUUCAUGAGGAAUGAUCAUUUAUCAAUAAACGCAUAAAUUUCAUAACAAAAAAAAGCAAUACUUAGUAAACUUGUCAGUGUUUAAAAAAUGUUUAUUGUAAUAUGUUAAUGGAUUUAAAGAUGCUAGUUUAAAAAAAAAUACAGCAUAAAAACCUCAACUGGCUGUGUGAAUAAUGAACGCUCAGGUAACCAUUAUAAAUCCAUGGAGAAUUGUAGAUGUUUAACUAUGGCUACAUAUUCUGUAUCACUGAUGUAUGAUUAUAUGCAAAUAUAGUCAAAUAAAUGUGGGAUGUUUUAUUAUCUUGAA